CACUGAUGUGACGACACAUUUCCGGUUUGAGACGUCAUGCGUUGUGAUCCUAGCCGUUGAAUAAAUGACUAAACACAACCAACAGGGGAAUAAUGGAGACCAAAGAGGAGAUUGUCGCCGUUUUAAAGUCUUUCGACAUCGGAGACAAGUUCUCGGACCUGCCGGUGCUGCCCAAAGCCUCGGUGCUGAUCCCUCUGUUCGUGAAGGACGGAGAAGUACACACCCUGAUGACUCUGCGUUCAGCGGAGCUGAGGACCAACGCCGGGCAGGUGUGUUUCCCUGGUGGGAAGAAAGACCCUGAUGACAGAGAUGACGUGGACACGGCUCUGAGGGAAGCCGAAGAGGAGAUCGGUCUAACAGCUGAUGGUGUCGAGGUGGUCUGCAGACUGUUCCCUGUCAUGCAUAAGAGCGGUCUGUUGGUGACUCCGGUGGUUGGAUUCAUUGAGGAGUCAUUUUGUCCCUGUCCAAACCCAGCUGAGGUCAGCGCCGUGUUCACCAUCCCCCUGGACUUCUUCAUCAGCGAGAAGGGACACAGCGCUGCCAAUGGUGCUGCUGGGACGGUGGGGUCGUUGCACUCAUUUUAUUUUGUGGACACUGAUUCAGGAAGCCAAUAUCACAUAUGGGGCAUGACAGCCAUGUUGGCCAUAUUGGUGGCUGCACUCGCUCUCGGGAAAAAACCUGAGUUUGAUGUUGGUUUUGACUUUGAGGAUCCUUUAUCCUUCUUCCAUAAGAUUUUGCAGAGAAGAAUUAAUAAAUUAUGACAGUUUAUGUAAUGCAUUUGUGCCAGCACCUAAAGCCUGAAGCCAGAUUUGUAAUUUAACUGCAAUGUAUUAAUUUGCUGCAUAUGUACUGGGAAACAUACUUGAAAUAUUUGUUUAAAAAGACUAAUAUAAACAUUGAU